UCCCUGUAAAUGUAGGAAAACCAGGAGACGAAAUGACAAACCAAAGAGUUACAUUCAAGUACCACCCUACAUGUCCAAGCAGUGCUUGUGGACGUAAUGAAACACCACCUCAUGGAAUAUGUUUGUUUGGACAAUGUUCAUGUAUUCUACCCUGGGAAGGAGAGUCGUGUCAAGAUAUAGUAAUUGCGCCAUUUUUUAAAGAGGUUAAUCUCACCUCUGCCCGGGAAGGGAAGAGAUAUGAAGCUCAAAUGAAUAUAAAACAGGGAACUAGACCAAUAACAUGGCAGCUGCUGAAUGGGCCUUCAGGAAUGUCUCU